UCUUCAACAAACUUGAAGUUGACUUCAGUUUCCGGCGAUGAUUUGCACAUGAGAUUUUGGAGCAUGAAACCGAACCGUCUGAUCAGCAUCUGCUGCUUCAUUUUCAGUUUCAUCACCGAUGCCGCGGAUCCUGAUCACAUAUCUAUCAACUGCGGCGGAGGUGCAGCGGCGGCGACAGCAUUCGGUGGCAGAGAAUGGCUCGGAGACGCCGCCGCAGCAGAAGGCUCGUCUAAAUCGUCCGCUGUGGCGAGAGAGGUGGUGGCAGGCGUCGAUCCAGUUCCGUACAAGACCGCGCGCCUUUCCCGCUCCAAAUUUUACUACUCAUUGGCCCUAACACCCGGCCAGAAAAUCAUCCGCCUUCACUUCAAUCCCGUCGCCUACCACGGUUUCCCGAGCUUCGAUGACCUUUUCACCGUCGAAGCUGGGCCCUACACUCUCCUCUCCAAUUUCAGUGCUUCCAUAACUGCUCGUGCUCUUUCUCUCAACAUUCUCACUAAGGAGUUCUGCAUCAAUAUCCUGCAGCAACACCAACACUUCAGCCUCAUAUUUUCUCCCGAAACUGAAUCCAAACACAGCUAUGCUUUCAUCAACGGGAUUGAGAUCGUAUCAGUCCCCUCCGCCAUUUCCUACUGCCACGGCGGGGAUAGUGGAAUCCGCGUCGUGGCGCAGAAUUAUAUCGUGCAUCUCGACAACAGCACUGCCCUUGAAAUCGUUCAUCGCCAGAACGUAAAAUGGGGAUCGGAUGAUGGCAUGUUUGGGAUGUGGGAAUCAUCUCUGAAGCAAAAGGCAUACAACCACAGGAUUUGGAGAGUGAGUGUUGAUGUGGGGUUUAGGUACAUGGUGAGGCUUCAUUUAUGCGAGCUCGGCCUCAAAAUGAACAACGAUUUCAUCCUUCUUAUCAAUGACAUGAUUGUUCUCACUAGCCCUGAUGAUUUGGUUUUGCUGCGUCAAAGCUACAACUACAUGGUGGUGGUGGAAGGCCCGAAACACGAGGGGAAGAGAAACAUCUCCGUUUCUCUCCACUCUCGCAGUGAAUUCUUGGAUAAGCAUGGCCCCUUGGAAGGAUUUGAAGUCUUCAAAUUAAGCAACCAUGACAUGAGUCUUGCUAGUCCCAAUCCUCCUCUCCCUUCAAAACCUCACCAUGUUGUUGAUACCGAAUCUAGUGUUAGUCAGACAGCUGUUGUCUUCACGGUGCUUUGUCUGGGAACUGUUGCCUUCAUUAUGCAGAGAGCCCGGGAUGGAGGAGAACCAUUGAGCAGGUCUGAGCGGCUCUGUCGUUGCUUUUCACUAACUGAGAUUGAAGUAUUCACAAAGAACUUCAACCAAGAGUAUGUAGUGGGAAAAGGUGGAUUUGGUUAUGUGUACAAAGGGUUCAUGGAUAAUGGGAGAGAAAUUGUAGCCAUAAAGAGAUUGAAGCCCAGUUCCAAACAAGGGGAGCGUGAGUUUUGGACAGAGAUUAAGACACUUUGUAAACUUCAACAUGCUAAUCUAGUUCCACUAAUUGGAUACUGCAACGAGCAAAAUGAAAUGAUUCUUGUCUACGAGUACAUGCCCAAUGGUAGUCUAGCUGACCAUCUCUACAAUAGGAACAAUCAGUUGCAUCCCCUCUCGUGGGAGCAACGCCUUAAGAUAUGCAUUGGAGUUGGUCGUGCGAUAGACUAUCUCCACACAGGCCGAGAGAUCAUACACCGUGAUAUCAAGAGUUCAAACAUCCUUCUUGAUGAGAGGCUCGUGGCAAAAGUAUCAGAUUUCGGGCUAGCAAAACCUGCAACGGGCAGCGAGGAGCAGAGCACGCAAGUGAGAGGGACGCGGGGCUUUUGGGACCCAAGAUAUGUUGCCACUCAUAGAGUGACACAGAAGAGCGACAUCUACUCUUUCGGUGUGGUGUUGCUAGAAGUAUUGAGUGAGAAACCUGCAACGGGGCCGUGGCAAGCAGGAGGUGGUCUAACUAAGUGGGCUAAAGAGAAGAUUGACAGUGGAGACAUUGAUGAGAUUAUAGCUCAGAGCCUGAUAGGAGAGAUAUCAAAAGAUAGUCUGGUUACAUUUUUGGGAGUUGCGGAGAGAUGUGUGGCUGAUGAACCGAAGGAGCGGCCGAAGAUGACAGAGAUUAUCACCGAGCUUGAGCUUUCACUUGUACAGCAUGAGAAUUAUGGUGUGUCUUCUUUCACUAGGGAGACAAGUCUUGUAGGUGAUCAGUUGUUGACAGUUAGUAAUGUGCAAAGUGAAGAGAUAGUAAUGAUACAUUCAAGAAGAAAGGCAUACAAAGUUUGGUGGGCACUUUUGAAGAGUCUUUGGAAGAUUAGGAAGCCAUCUUCCUGCAAAAUGCAAAUGGUUGGCAUUUCAGCGGCGUCAAAUUUUCAUCGCUUCGAAAGGGAAAGGGAUGGUAUAGCAAUCUAAUUGCCGCCAAAGAGGAUUGGAUGGCAAUGUAAGCAACAUCUAUACAUAAAUAAGUCGUUGCUAAAUUCACAGCUACAGUGCUGUAGUUAAUACUCCAUGUUAUCCUUUUUAAAUUUACUUUGUUAUCUAUGAUUCUGUAAUAACUGGAAACUCUUGGUGAGUGCACAAAACCAUAAUACUGAAAUUACACAUAUAUAUGUGCGUGUUG